UCUGCUAUUGCUCCAACUACUAUGUAUGUGAACUGACAACUGUGAAUUGGCUCCGCUGACGAUGUUUCUUUUGUGUUACCAGUCCUCCAUCCGAUGUACCAACACGGUGGGAAAGUUCGGCCAACGCUGCAAGCUCUGCACCAUCUUGAAAAGCGGAACCUCUCUCACUCCGGGCCGUCUUCCUGAAGAUUGCCUCUGGCUGCUUUCGCAGCCCCGAAGCCAAGAUGAGCCAGAUUACCGCUCCGAGAGCAGCUCUGACACGUCUCGGCGGCCAUCGUGGACAUUCGCGGGGUUAUCACUCUCAUCCUCGUCGAAGAAGUCAACAGUGGAAACGGGGAUAUCGAGGAAUGGGAGGAACACCAUGAGAAUGUGAUUCUGUUCAAGGCUGGAAGCACACCUGAACGGAGAGGUGCAUCUGCGGUAUCCAUCGGGAGGCCGCAGGAGGGCCGGCCGGCCGGGCAUGACAACGGGAACAGGUACGGGCCCAGUAUAAGGGCGUAACAGGGCGGACAAGCGUUAAAUUUAUUCUCAUGCUAUACCAUACGUUUCAUUCAUAUCAUUGACCAGUGACAAACUCAUACCCAUGUUCCCAAUCCUCAUAUAAUCCC